CAACCCACAAAACAUAUCUACAAAUGUAUUUAUCUUUGUGUUAAAACAUUUAACUUUUAACUUUAUUUGUGUUUGCAGUUGCGACAAAAGGUAUUUACUUCAAUGGAUCCAACUUUGUUGCACAAAGUGGAGCAUCUUAGAUCACCACCACAAGCUCACUCUAGCCCAGGAACUACCCCAGGGACAAUCAGUCUAGCCCACGGGACGAUGCUACCAGCACUCAACCUCAACAGCAGCUUGAUGAACAAGAUUCACAAGACAACAUCUUACAGUUCCCCACCGCCAGUAGCAAAUAAUCCGGACAACAAUGUGUGCAAACUUAUCGACUACCGUGGGGCCAAGAUAGCCGCCUUUGUUGUGGAGGGUCGAGAGCUAAUUUGUCUCCCUCAAGCUUUUGAGCUUUUCCUGAAGCAUCUUGUUGGAGGACUUCACACUGUAUAUACCAAACUAAAGAGACUAGACAUAACCCCAGUAGUGUGUAAUGUUGAACAGGUGCGGAUUCUCCGGGGGCUGGGAGCUAUCCAGCCCGGGGUCAACAGAUGUAAGCUCAUCUCUUGCAAAGAAUUUGAUGUUCUGUACGAAGACUGCACAAAUUCAAGUGCCAGACCAGGAAGACCACCAAAGAGAAGUCCAUCAAUUCAUGCUAGUCCAGAUACACUAGAGAAACUGAAGAAAAGCAGACUGGAUACAGACUUCCAAUAUGACCCAAGACUUUUUGCAGACAGGAAAGCUUUAUUCAAUGGAUUUGCACACCACCCAUAUGCCAUGGGACCAUUGCCAUUCAUGCCAUUCAACAAUCACAUGUUAUCGCCACCUGUUUCCUUGGCAAUGGCCUCUCACCUUGGCCUUCGACCUGAUGGAUCCAUGUUGAAAGACAGAUCAGGUUCUGAAUCUGAUGUUAUAUCACCAAGGAUAAGAGAUGACAGGUUGGACAUGCUACAGAAACCAAUGAGAUCUUCUCCUACUUAUGACAUAGACAACAGGGCAUCAGACUACGAUAACAAUCGACCUUUGAACCUCCACAUAAAUGGACAUGCUAAAGACGUGCCACAGAUCAAAAGUGAUGACGAAUUAGAUGAAGAAGAUGAUAGAUUAUCAGAUGAAGAUAGGGAUGAUGAUUUAGACAACAGUAAUGACGAGAGUGAAGCUUUAAGUGAGAAUGGAGAAAAGACAGUAACCCAACAAAACAACUUCACUAAUCCAUUAUUGAAUGGAGAGAAUGCAUCCAUAUCAUCUAUAGAAACUCUACUUCUCAACAUACAGGGCCUAUUGAAAGUGGCUGCUGAAAAUGCACGUCACCACGAAAGGCAACUCAGUUAUGAAAAAGCUGAGUUGAAAAUGGAAUUAUUAAGAGAGAGAGAAGUAAGAGAAGGAGUGGAGAAACAAUUAGAUGAAGAAAAGAAAUCAAAAGGCAUUCUGUUACGAAGACUAAAGAAAGAAAGAAGAGCCAGAAAAAGGGUACAAGAAAGAUUAGAAAACCCCACUACAACUGAACCAGUAAAAGCAGUCCAAGAAACAGUAGCUAGUCCUCAGUCUGUCAAAAAUUUUCAUGGCAGUGAAUCUACAACAGAGAGAGAUACAGACAAAGACAGCAGUAAUUCAGAUUCAGAAUCUAAACAUCUCACAGAAUCACAAGACAGAAGUUCUCGACCAUUAUUUGAGAGUUUCUUGUCUCAUGCCAGCAAUCCCAACCGCUAUCCAUACCUUCCAAUGGCAAAAAGUACGGAAGUACAGUGACUAUUUUAUAAACGUUGACAAUCGGUGCUGAAGAUUUUAUAAACUCAGUGUAAAAUCAAACUUCACAGGGACCGUUGAAUUUAGAUGUUGUACUGGAUAUUGACCCCAUAUAACAGAAGUAUACUCAGUGAGAUGUCAGUUUUAGAUUGCAAGAGCAAAGGACUCAAGUUGUGUGAAGACGAAGAUUUGUAAACAUGUUAAUUUAAAAUAAGUGUAUGUUUUUGUAUUCACUAGAAGAGAUGAAUUUUGGGAACAUUAUAGAUAUAACAGACACAACAGACAUUUUUAUGAAAUCUUUUCUAAAUCAGCUAAAUUAGUCCUUAAAUAGUAAUACAUAUGAUCUCAAGCUAGACAUUACAAUUGUUUGGGUAAUUAACCUAUGAUUUAAUGUUUACUUCAUACCAGCUUCAAUAGCACUAACUGAUAAUGUGGAAUGAUGGAUCUAGAAACUUUAAAGAAAGUAUUUUUUAGUUUAUUUGUAGGAAAAAGGUUAGUUCAAGACUCAUUUUGAUGUUAUUAGAAUAAAUUUAGGAAGAAAUGGGAUUUCUUAAACAGAAAUUUUUUCCUUGAUUUGCAACUGAUGCAUAAUGUAGCAGCUUAAUCAUAUAAUAUAUGUAGACACAUCUUAUGAAAAUAUCAUCAACAUAUUGUGAAAUAACAUAGGGGAUUAAACAACUACUUGUAAUAAGCUUAUUCACAGAUAAUGUUGCUAGUUUUAUAUAUCACAAUGUUUAGACUUCUUUAGAUUUUAGGUGAUCUUUCUAUAAAAGUUCUAUUUUUACUGAUUCUGUAUGAACUCUUUGUAUUGUAUCUACUAUUGAAAACCUUUGGUACAAUUUCACAAAGAAAUUCAAGUUUUAUGAGAUAUCAGUAAACUAAAGAUAAAGUUCACCACAAUAAAAUACAGUGUAAAAUAUUUUUAUCUGAAAAUUUGAUUUCCACCAAAUAGUGUUUAUCUUUUGAAAUAUGAAAACAUAUAUUGUUGGUUUUUUUGUCUGAACAUAUUGAAUUAUAUGAAAAUAUGAAAGUGAAAGUAGGAUGGUGAAAAUGAAAGUAGAAUGAUAGUAUAUGGAACUAGGUUGAUGUUUUGUACAUAAAGAAUAAUAGUGCAAUAUACCUUUGUAAGUGGAGAAAUGUUAUAUGUAAUUUUUGUAUUUUGUCCCAUUUUAAAUAGACAUUGUGCCAUGUUUUAAAUAUGUAGGUUUAACUAGCUUUAUACUAAGGACACUGGUCACUCACUUGACCUUAAGGUCUCUAAAAAGGAAGUGUUUUAUGUAAAUGUAUUCUUGGAAUAGCUAAAUAUAGUUCCCAACAUUUUCAUGUCCAAUUUGAUUUUCAUUGAUUAGAAAACUUUUACUGAAAAUUGAAAGCAACUGUUUUUUGGAGACAAUCCUGAACAAAACCAGGGAUAAUCCUUAAUGAAACCAGAAAUAUCUUAAACAAAACUAGGGAUAAUAUUGUUCAAGACCAGAGAUACACCUAUAAAAAACUGAUAAUUGUUAACAAAACCAGAGAUAAUCUUCAUAAUACCAGGUGUUAUUUAAGCCUUCAUAAAUGAUUCAAAAAGAUAAAAAUAAAAAAAAAUUUCCUACCUCACCAUGCUUGCCAGUACAUAUUUUUUGGGUGUACAUCCUUAAACAAAAUUUGGACCUCUUGAAAAUCAGUUGUACCAAGAAAUUGGAUGCUGAAGUCUAUAUUCUUGUAAAAUGCAACAUUGGUAAAUUUUAAAUUUUCAAGUGAGAUUUUAAUGUAAUCAAGGAUUUGUAUAGUAAUACUAUACAAAUCCUUGAUGUCAUCUAUUUUUACAAAUAUCACAACUACUGGAUAAUGGCACACUUUAAAGAUGGAUUAAUAACCUUAUAUAUAUAGUACAUAUCUCCCAUAUUUAUAUGAUGAAAGUGUGAAGACAUCUUUUUUAGAAUAUCUUAUUCUAACAUUAGAACCUAAAUGUUUACUGAAGGACAGGUUUUUUUUAGCUGUUGUAUGAGAAUAACUCAUUUUGUAUCAUUUUUAUUCUGAAUUUGUUAAAUGUUUGACUUGAAUAAUUGUAUAAGAAAAAAAAACAGUUGCCUGACAGUUUUAUUGUCCAGGAAGACAACUCUCCAAGGGAGAUAAUUUUUGUAUUGUGUAAAAGGGAGAUCACUCCUUACAAAACGUGUGUAUUUAUUUGUAGAUAAAAUACACAUUCCUUAUUAAUUGUUAAAUAUAUGCCAAUAAAUUGAAGAAAUACA